CCAGCGAGCCCCCCUGCGCGUUAUCCUGCGGGGCUCCGGGGACGGGAGAUGGCCGCGCGGGGCAGCGCCGGCCGGCGCUGGACCGGCGAUAUGGGAAGCGUUUGAACUUCCUAGAAGUCGGGGAGCCGAGAAAUUGUUGUUGGGGUGAAGGUGAGAGCGGGUUAGUUUCGUUCCCGAGGACCACGAGGAGCAGCGGAGCCGGUGAGGAGGAGAAGGAGGAGGAGAUUGCACGAUGGAAGUCACGUUUUCUCAAGAAAAGCUGCGUAUCUUGGAUCAGUACCGUUGAAGAUACCUUCUGAUUGCAACACCCAGAACAGGGUCCUGCAACGAAUUUGUCAAAAGAAACAUACCAUGGAUCUCAAGGAAAGCUGCCCAAGUGUUAGCAUUCCCAGCUCUGACGAGCACAGGGAGAAGAAGAAAAGAUUUACUGUUUACAAAGUGCUGGUCUCUGUUGGCAGAAAUGAGUGGUUUGUCUUAAGACGGUAUGCGGAGUUUGAUAAACUCUACAAUACGCUAAAGAAGCAAUUUCCCACAAUGAACUUGAAGAUUCCAGCUAAAAGAAUAUUCGGAGAUAAUUUUGAUCCUGAUUUUAUUAAACAGAGAAGAGCAGGACUGAAUGAAUUCAUUCAAAAUUUAGUUAGACAGCCAGAGCUAUGCAACCAUCCAGAUGUCAGAGCAUUUCUUCAAAUGGAUAACCCGAAACACCAGUCAGAUCCAUCUGAAGAUGAAGAUGAAAGGAGCAGUCGGAAGUUAAACUCUACCUCACAGAAUAUCAACUUGGGACCAUCUGGAAAUCCUCAUGCUAAACCAACAGACUUUGAUUUCCUGAAAGUUAUUGGGAAAGGCAGCUUUGGCAAGGUUCUUCUUGCAAAACGAAAACUGGAUGGGAAAUACUAUGCUGUCAAAGUGUUGCAGAAAAAAAUUGUUCUCAAUAGGAAAGAGCAAAAACAUAUUAUGGCUGAACGUAAUGUGCUCUUGAAAAAUGUGAAACAUCCAUUUUUGGUUGGAUUACAUUACUCAUUCCAAACAACAGAAAAGCUUUACUUUGUCCUGGAUUUUGUUAAUGGAGGAGAGCUGUUCUUUCACUUACAAAGAGAACGUUCCUUUCCUGAGCACAGAGCCAGAUUUUAUGCUGCUGAAAUAGCCAGUGCACUGGGCUACUUACACUCCAUAAAUAUAGUGUACAGGGAUUUAAAACCAGAAAACAUUCUCCUAGAUUCACUAGGUCAUGUUGUGUUGACAGACUUUGGACUUUGUAAAGAAGGGAUUGCAACUUCUGAUACCACUGCAACUUUCUGUGGGACCCCAGAAUAUCUUGCACCAGAAGUCAUUAAAAAGCAGCCCUAUGACAACACAGUAGACUGGUGGUGUCUUGGCGCAGUUCUUUAUGAAAUGCUUUAUGGGUUGCCUCCUUUUUACUGCCGCGAUGUUGCUGAGAUGUACGAUAAUAUUCUUCAUAAACCCCUGGUUUUGCGCCCAGGAAUCAGUCUCACAGCCUGGUCUAUCCUGGAAGAGCUUUUGGAAAAAGAUCGACAAAGCAGACUUGGAGCAAGGGAAGAUUUUCUUGAAAUUCAAAAGCACCCGUUUUUUGAAUCUCUCAGCUGGACUGAUCUUCUUCAGAAGAAGAUUCCGCCACCAUUUAAUCCUAAUGUGGUUGGACCAGACGAUAUUGGGAAUUUUGAUGCAGUAUUCACAGAAGAAAUGGUCCCAUACUCAGUUUGUGUUUCUUCGGAUUACAACAUCAUUAAUGCCAGUGUCCUAGAGGCAGAUGAUGCAUUUGUUGGAUUUUCUUACGCACCACCUUCUGAAGACAUGUUUUCCUAGGAAGUUAAAAGCGAAGAAUGUCUCGGAAGUCUUGGAGUGAACUGAAAUGUUAGGGUUAUGGACACAUUCCAAAAUAGCAUAACUAGUGCCUCGUUUUGUAUGUAGGUUUGAGACCUAUGAACAAACUUUCUCUGCUGUAUAGGAGGAAUUUGGGCAUUUUGGAUGGCUUUCUUUGGGAUUUGAACUGUUUGUUCCUGCUGCAGAAAAUAUUUUUUAAAACCUUUAAAAAGCAUUCUCUACAUAUUUUUUAAGCAAAAACACUGACUGUUCUCCUCAAUCCCUUCAAGUUUACAUUCAUACCUAUCUAAUUUGCCUGGCACAAACAGCAGCAAAUUUAGUAAAUUUAUAAAUGCUUUUGUACUUAUUUACAGUGACUUUGUGCUUGAAUUGUAACUAUGCAAAUUGUCUUUUGUAUAUCCUGGUUUAAAAAAGGUAAAUGUUUUCCCUGUUAACAGUUGGAAAUGUGUUAAUUUACCUGUCAGCACUUAAAUGAGGGGUUAAUAUAAGUUAAGGACCAAGAUUCUUAAAGGACUUCUCCAGAAUGAAAACUUGGUUAUGUAAAACUGGAUUCUUGCUCUUGCUGAAGUACCCGUUGGCUCAACUGGAUUAUCUGAGGUAUGGGGGAUUAACUCAAAGCAAGGAUGGAACAAAUUAACUGGAUUGAUUGAUAACAUUACUUAUUAUGUGUUCUACUUUUCUUCCUGAGCUAAAUAUGUCUAUAUUUCAACUACAUUAAAAAUAUUUUUGGUUAAAAUUCUGCUUCUCCAAAGAUAUAAAAAUAUGCAAUAAUCACCAUUACUUUAAAAGGCUAUCUUGCUUUGAUGUUUUGGGUGUGGGUGGUGAGGGGAUCAUGCCAAAUAUUAGGGAUUUUUCUCAUGGAUUUGUAGUUUAAAACACUAAUGUGUUCCAAAUUGAUUGUAUUUCAGCAUUCAUAGCUACUUGUCUUUCUGUUCCAGUUUGCACCAUUUUUAAAUCUUCACUUGAUAUUGGGGGGGGAAAUGUAAAUUACACUGAUAAUUUUAAAAAUGUGAAAAGCUGUUGUAUUCCUCAUAACAUACACAUGUAUGGACAAACAGAUAAUACUGAACAAUUUCUGUUUAAGGAAAUUUUUUUAAACAAUGCAAAAAUUGACUGCAGUUACAGUGUAUAAAGGCCUAUCAUGGUAGUUUAUUAUAUAUAUUACUUGUAAAUAACAACUUAUUUUUGUCUGUUACUUCAAAAAUGUUCUGUGGUUUUUUGUUCAUAAAUACAUUUAGUUAAAUGCCUUGAUUUGAGAGAAGAUACUGAUGUAUCAUAAUAAUACAUAAAUUGAAUGAAUGUUACAUGAAUUUCAGUAUCUAAAUCAUCUUGUUUUUGACAAAAUAAGCAGUUAAGAUAAAUAGUCUUUGUAUUCCAUCAAGAUCAGAUAAAAAUUGAGAACUUAGGGGAAAAGAGUGUAUUGAAUUGUAAUUCUUUUGAAAUAAAUGUUGUGUCGACAGUGAAAAAUUAGGUAAGUGGAAACUAAAA